CUCGUCCACCUGCUCAUCCUCUUCUACCUAUCCAUCGGGGAAGAUCUGCUGAAGCGCAGACGGGCAUCGAUCGACCACGCCACUGUGCAGCAGAUACAGAUACACGCGCUGGAAGAAGAGAACCGGUUGCUACGACGACAGCUCAACCUCGGCGACUCCCAAGUGCCGCUGAGCGACAGCGGGAACGGCGGCGCGUCGGUCGGCGGCGGGUGCGUGACCGAGGCAGAAGUGCCAAAGUGUGAGGUGAUUGAUGUUGCGAUCGUGUGUGCUGGCUACAACGCCAGCCGCAGCGUCGUUACCCUCAUCAAGAGUGUGUUGUUCUACCGCAAGAAUCCGCUUCACUUCCACUUCAUCGCUGAUCCGGCCGCCCACCUCGUCCUUAAGACGCUAUUCAACACUUGGUUCGUGCCGGGGGUCGAGGUGGAUUUUUACCCUGCCGAUAACAUCAAAGGCGAGAUCUCGUGGAUACCCAAUAAGCAUUACUCUGGUGUCUACGGCCUCAUGAAGCUUACCCUGCCAAAGUUCCUUCCCAGCACACUGAGCAAGGUGAUUGUUCUGGACACCGAUGUCACGUUUGCAACCGACAUCGCAGAGCUGUGGAAGAUCUUCCGCAAGUUUACGGGUCGCCAGGCGAUCGGCUUGGUGGAAAACCAAAGUGACUGGUACCUGGGGAAGUUGUGGAAAGGACACGUGCCAUGGCCAGCACUGGGUCGUGGCUUCAACACGGGCGUGAUUCUGCUCGACCUUGAGAAGCUGCGCAGCGUCAACUGGAUGCAGAUGUGGCGCAUGGUGGCGGAGAAGGAGCUGGUCACCCUGUUGGCCACCUCCCUCGCUGACCAGGAUAUAUUCAACACCGUGCUGAAAGAACACCCUUACCUGCUGCACAACCUUCCGUGCGCGUGGAACAUACAGCUUAGCGAGAACACGCGCAGUGAACUGUGCUACAGCGAAGUGUCCGACCUGAAGAUCAUUCACUGGAACGCACCGCAGAAGUUGAUCGUGAAGAACAAGCACAUGGAGUUCUUCCGCAACCUGUUCCUGACGUUCAUCGAGUACGAUGGGAACCUGCUGAGGCGGGAACUGUUCGGCUGCGACACCGGUCGGCAGGAGAACUACCAGUCUCAGCUGACAGCGAUCGAUGAGGACGACCCGUGCUACGAGUUCCGCCGCGCGCGCGUUGUCGUGCACCGCACGCACCUCUACUACAUCGACUACGACUACGAGCCGACGCCGGACGGCACCGACGUCACGCUCGUCGCUCACCUCUCCAUGGAUCGCCUGCAGAUGGUGGAGGCGAUCAGCAAGCACUGGGAGGGACCGAUCAGCCUCGCGCUCUACACGUCCGACGCCGAGGCGCAGCAGUUCCUGCGCUACGUGCUCGCGUCGGAGACGCUGUCGCGGCGCCGCAACAUCGGCUACCACGUCGUCUACAAGGAUGAGCAGUUCUACCCGAUCAACUUCCUGCGCAGCACGGCGCUGCGGCACGCGCGCACGCCGUACGCGUUCCUCGUCGACGUCGACUUCCUGCCGAUGCCGGGUCUGUACGAGAACCUGCGUCGCGGCGUCGCGCUCAACGACAUGGACGUGCGGCGGCGCGCGCUCAUCGUGCCGGCGUUCGAGACGCAGCACUACCGGCUGUCGGUGCCGCGCACGAAGGCCGACGCGCUGACGAUGCUCGACAACGGCGAGCUGUUCACGUUCCGCUACCACGUGUGGCCGCGCGGACACGCGGCGACCGACUACGCGCGCUGGCGCAGCGCCACCGCGUCCUACACCGUCGACUGGACGCCGGACUUUGAGCCGUACGUCGUCGUGCGCGUCGCCGGGGUGCCGGACUACGACGCGCGCUUCGUCGGCUUCGGCUGGAACAAAGUCGCGCACGUCGUCGAGCUGGACGCGGCCGGCUACGAGUUCGUCGUGCUGCCGAACGCGUUCGUCGUGCACAUGCCGCACGCGCCGAGCUUCGACAUCGCGCGCUUCCGCUCGAGCGCGCAGUACCGCCGCUGCCUCGCCGUCCUGAAGCUCGAAUUCCGCAAGGACAUGGUGAAGAAGUACGGCGAUCGCGCGACCAAGUACCUGCAGGACUGAGGCGCA